UUUCUUCCGUUUCCACCCACUGACGUUUCUUCCUUUCUGUCCGCGCUAACGUCGGAGUGAACACGCGUUCGCCUGUCUAGCUCAAGAUGCGUUACGUUGCUGCUUACCUGCUUUCUGCCCUGGGUGGCAAUGAAAACCCUGAGGCCAAGGACAUCAAGAAGAUCCUGGAGAGUGUUGGCAUUGAGGCCGACGACACACGCCUGGACAAGGUCAUUGCUGAGCUCAAGGGCAAGAAUGUGAAUGAGGUGAUCACCACAGGUUACAGUAAGCUGGCCAGCAUGCCAGCAGGCGGUGCCGUUGCAGCCGUUGCCAGCUCUGCGGCUGCUGGCUCAGGCGGAGCUGCAGCCCCUGCUGCAGCUGAGGAGAAGAAGGAAGAGAAGAAAGAAGAGUCUGAGGAGUCCGAUGACGACAUGGGAUUCGGCCUGUUCGACUAAACCUUUUCAAAAGAUGAAUAAAGUUUAUAAAA